GUCACAUUGGAGGAGGAUGAAGAAGAGAAGACUGGAGAACUGAUUAACACCACCAUUACCCAGGGAUCAUCAUGAAGAACUAACAGCAUUACCCAGGGAUCAUCAUGAAGAACUAACAGCUAUUACCCAGGGAUUAUCAUGAAGAACUAACAGCCAUUACCCAGGGAUCAUCAUGAAGAACUAACAGCCAUUACCCAGGGAUCAUCAUGAAGAACUAACAGCCAUUACCCAGGGAUCAUCAUGAAGAACUAACAGCCAUUACCCAGGGAUUAUCAUGAAGAACUAACAGCCAUUACCCAGGGAUCAUCAUGAAGAACUAACAGCCAUUACCCAGGGAUCAUCAUGAAGAACUAACAGCCAUUACCCAGGGAUUAUCAUGAAGAACUAACAGCCAUUACCCAGGGAUCAUCAUGAAGAACUAACAGCCAUUACCCAGGGAUCAUCAUGAAGAACUAACAGCUAUUACCCAGGGAUCAUCAUGAAGAACUAACAGCCAUUACCCAGGGAUCAUCAUGAAGAACUAACAGCCAUUACCCAGGGAUUAUCAUGAAGAACUAACAGCCAUUACCCAGGGAUCAUCAUGAAGAACUAACAGCCAUUACCCAGGGAUCAUCAUGAAGAACUAACAGCCAUUUCCCAGGGAUCAUCAUGAAGAACUAACAGCCAUUACCCAGGGAUCAUCAUGAAGAACUAACAGCCAUUACCCAGGGAUUAUCAUGAAGAACUAACAGCCAUUACCCAGGGAUCAUCAUGAAGAACUAACAGCCAUUACCCAGGGAUCAUCAUGAAGAACUAACAGCCAUUACCCAGGGAUCAUCAUGAAGAACUAACAGCCAUUUCCCAGGGAUCAUCAUGUGCAAGUGCUGGUUAAGGAGAGAGAGACCAGACUCUCACUCUGACAGCAGGAAGAGUCCUUCAGAGGAACCAGACUCAGAGACGCCCAAACCAGCGAGACGACACCCCUGCUCCCAGUGUAAUAAGAGUUUUAAGUGGUUAUGGAAGCUGAAAGAGCAUGACAGAACACACACAGGAGAAAAGCCUUACCACUGCUCUCAGUGUGGAAAAGGUUUUACCAACUUAGGGAACCUAAAAAAACAUACAAAAUUACACACAGGAGAGAAGCCUUUCCAAUGCUCCCAGUGUGGGAAGGGUUUUACACGGUUAGGGAACCUGAAGGACCAUAAAAGAGUACACACAGGAGAGAAGCCUUUCCAAUGCUCCCAGUGUGGAAAUGGUUUUACUCAGUUAGGGAACCUGAAAAGGCAUGAGAGAAUGCACACAGGAGAGAGAACUUUCCAAUGUUCCCAGUGUGGAAAGAGUUUCACACGGUUAUGGAGCCUGAAAGAACAUAAAAUAGUUCACACAGGAGAGAAGCCUUUCCAAUGUUCCCAGUGUGGAAAGGGAUUUAUUCUGUUAGGGAACUUGAAAAAGCAUGAGCGAACACACACAGGAGAGAAGCCUUUCCAAUGUUCCCAGUGUGAAAAUAGUUUUACACGGCUAGGGAGCCUGAAAGCUCAUGAAAAGAUACACACAGGGGAGACAUCUUACCAUUGCUCUCUGUGUGGAAAGAAAUUUACCAAGUUAAAGAACCUAAAAAAACAUAUAAAAUUACACACAGGAGAGAAACCUUUCCAAUGCACCCAAUGUGGAAAGAGUUUUACACGGUUAGGAAACCUGAAGGAUCAUAAAAGAAUACACACAGGAGAGAAGCCUUUCCAAUGUUCCCAGUGUGGAAAGAGUUUUACACGUUUAGGGAACCUGAAGGACCAUCAAAUAAUGCACACAGGAGAGAAGCCUUUCCAAUGUUCCCAGUGUGGAAGUGGUUUUACCCAGUUAGGAAACUUGAAAAGGCAUGAGAGAACCCACACAGGACAGAGAACUUUCCAAUGUUCCCUGUGUGGAAAGAGUUUUGCACAGUUAGGGAGUCUGAAAGAACAUAAAAUAGUACACACAGGAGAGAAGCGUUUCCAAUGCACCCAAUGUGGAAAGGUUUUUACCCUGUUAGGGAACUUGAAAAAGCAUGAGAGAAUACACACAGGAGAAAAGCCGUUCCAAUGUUCCCAGUGUGGAAAUAGUUUUAAAAGUUUAGGGAGCUUGAAGGAGCAUGAAAGAACACACACAGGGGAGACAUCUUACCAUUGCUCUAUGUGUGGAAAAGAUUUUACCAAGUUAGGGAACCUAAAAAAACAUGUAAAAUUACACACAGGAGAGAAACCUUUCCAAUGCUCCCAAUGUGGAAAGGGUUUUACACGGUUAGGGAAUCUGAAGGACCAUAAAUUAAUACACACAGGCGAGAAGCCUUUCCAAUGUUCCCAGUGUGGAAAGGGUUUUACCCAGAUAGGGAACCUGAAAAGGCAUGAGAGAACCCACACAGUCUUAACAAUGACCCCAGGAGUUGGAACCAGUUCAGAAAACAGAACAGAAAACCGCAAAAAAUGUGUUUUAUUGAGGAACAGAAACAGAACCGGGAAAGAAAGUGAUCUCUUGCGUUCUGGAACAGAAGCAUUCUUUUAAUAGUAUGGUAACCGGUUAAUAACGUUCUUUUAAAGUAACUGUCCUGUGAAAAUCUAACUUUUUAAAGUUAAUCCUCUCCGAACUCAUAUCCAAAUAAUGUUGUUGACUCGUCCGAUUCUCGUAUUUGAGGCCAAAGCAUAAAUUACAGAUGAAAAAAUAAUAAUAAUAAUAAAACCUAUUUUUAAAAAUUACUAUUUCCUCAUAGAACAUCUCCCUGAGGAGGAUGAACUGGCCAAUCCACGGUCUUGAGUAGAAUGAGCUGGCCAAUCCACGGUCUACUCGUGUUAUUUUUUGUGUGACCGGUAUACGCCCACACCAUUCUAUUAGGAAGGCGUUCUUAAUGUUUUGUCCACUCUGUGUUCCUCUGCAUGAUGUAUUGGUAGGAGCAGUAUAGACCUAGUCUGUUCAUUAUAUACAUCUACAUGAUGUAUUGUUACACCACAUAGGAGCAGUAUAGACCUAGUCUGUUCAUUAUAUAUUUGUUAAUCCGAUCUGUUUGUUUGACUGAAUUAAUUAUAUUUAUUAUUAUUAUUAAUUAAAUAUCAAAUUAAUAAGACGUUGCCUUAAAUGCAGAUGUGUAGGAUAUGUUUGUUUUAAAUCAUUAGAAAUCUGCA